UUCACUUGGCUUAAGUGAACGUGGUGAACUCUGCGCGAAGUGGGGCCAACGGUGGUGAUACCGCGUAAUAUCGAGUAACCUAUGUGUGCAUGCGUGUCAUGUUUUUGACUGUCAAAAAUGGUUCAAACCGGCACCAAAAAAUCAAUCUCGAAAUUUAAUACUAAAACAGGUAUUAGCAGCCUAAUUAUAUUUGUGGUUUUAUUGCUCGCAUGGCUCGCCGGCUUCUCAUCCAGGUUAUUUGCCGUUAUCAGAUUCGAAAGCAUUAUUCAUGAAUUUGAUCCAUGGUUUAACUACAGGGCCACCGCUUACAUGGUUAAGCAUGGAUUUUAUAAUUUUCUUAACUGGUUUGAUGAACGAGCGUGGUACCCUUUGGGAAGGAUUGUUGGUGGAACCGUUUAUCCUGGGUUGAUGCUCACUUCUGGGACUAUUCAUUAUUUCUUACAUUUGUUACAUAUUAAUGUUCAUAUUAGGGAUAUUUGUGUUUUUCUAGCACCCAUUUUUAGUGGACUAACCGCAAUUUCAACAUAUUUAUUGACCAAAGAAUUAUGGUCAAAAGGGGCAGGUUUAUUCGCUGCUUGUUUCAUUGCCAUAGUACCUGGUUAUAUCAGUAGAUCUGUAGCUGGCAGUUAUGACAAUGAGGGGAUCGCUAUUUUCGCCUUACAAUUUACUUAUUUUCUAUGGGUAAAAUCCGUCAAGACUGGCUCGAUAUUUUGGGCUUGUAUGACCGCUUUAUCCUAUUUUUACAUGGUGUCAGCAUGGGGUGGAUAUGUUUUCAUUAUAAAUUUAAUCCCACUUCACGUUUUCGUUUUAAUUUUAAUGGGAAGAUUCUCCAAUAAAGUGUUUACAAGUUACACCACCUUCUAUAUUCUUGGAUUAUUACUAUCUAUGCAAAUUCCUUUCGUCGGAUUCCAACCAAUUCGAACAAGUGAACAUAUGGCAGCUUCUGGUGUUUUUGCUUUAUCAGUAGCAGUUGCUGUCUUGAAAUAUCUUCAAAGCGUUCUUUCAAAAUCCGAAUUUAAAUCCAUCUUUAUUUUUGGUGUACUAAGUGCUGCGGGGGUUGUGUUUUUAUCGGUUGUCGUUCUUACUUACGCGGGUUACAUUGCUCCUUGGAGUGGUCGUUUCUAUUCCUUAUGGGAUACGGGUUACGCUAAAAUUCACAUUCCCAUUAUAGCUUCCGUUUCGGAACAUCAACCCACAACAUGGUUCUCAUUUUUCUUUGAUUUACACAUUUUGGUAACUACUUUUCCAGCCGGUCUUUGGUACUGCAUUAAAAACAUAAACGACGAAAGAGUAUUCGUUGUUUUGUACGCUUUGAGCGCUGUUUAUUUCGCUGGGGUUAUGGUGAGAUUGAUGUUGACUUUAACACCCGUCGUUUGUGUGUUAAGUGGAAUUGCAUUUUCUGGGUUAUUGGAUUUGUUCUUUAAAGAAGAGGUUAUCUCGGAAACCGACGGCCAAGAAGUCGAAGAAAGCAGCUCUGGAAGUAAACUCUAUGAUAAAGCGGGUCGUGUACCAAAAAUGAAACACGAGCAACAACAACGCGAAUCAGAUGCAAUUGGGCCAAAUUUACGCAGCAUAAUUUUGGUUAUAAUCAUGUUGCUUUUAAUGCUCUUUGCUGUACAUUGUACCUGGGUUACCAGUAAUGCUUAUUCAAGUCCAAGUGUCGUUUUGGCAUCUUAUGGUGGCGAUGGGUCGAGACAAAUUCUCGAUGAUUUCAGGGAAGCUUACUUUUGGUUAUCUCAAAAUACCGGCGAUGAUGCUCGCAUAAUGAGUUGGUGGGAUUAUGGUUAUCAAAUAGCUGGAAUGGCUAAUCGGACGACUCUGGUUGAUAAUAACACGUGGAAUAAUAGUCAUAUAGCGUUAGUUGGAAAGGCGAUGUCUUCAAAUGAAAGUGCCGCUUACGAUAUAAUGACAUCUCUUGAUGUUGAUUAUGUUUUGGUGAUAUUUGGAGGGGUUAUUGGGUAUUCUGGUGAUGAUAUUAACAAGUUUUUGUGGAUGGUGAGGAUUGCGGAAGGAGAGCAUCCCAAAGAGAUUAGGGAAAGUGAUUAUUUUACGGAAAAUGGGGAAUUUAGAGUUGAUGUUCAUGGAUCGCCGACUUUGCUCAACUGUUUGAUGUACAAAUUGAGUUACUAUCGAUUUGGCGAAUUCAAAUUGGAUUAUCGUAGCGCUGCUGGCUAUGAUAGAACUCGAAAUACCGUUAUAGGUAAUAAAGAUUUUUCGUUAACUUAUUUAGAAGAGGCUUAUACAACUGAACAUUGGUUAGUGAGGAUAUACAGAGUUAAAAAACCUGAUGAAUUUAACAGACCUAGAAUACCGGUAGCUAGUCGGCUAGUAAAAACUUCAAGUGCAUCAUCUAAGAAGAAUUCGAAGCGAAAAAAGGGAUCUAUAAAAGAUAAGCCGGUUAUUGUGAAAGGGAAGCGAACGGUGAAACAGUCCUAGUCGAAUCCAGAAUAAUAGGCACUUAAAACAAGUUUAUGUUUUAUCUUUGUUCCAAUGUUCAUUUUUUUAACUUGGAAGUGGAUUUAUUUCUUUUUUGUUGACACACACCUUGUUGUAAUUUAAAUUACAGAUUAUGUGAUAAUUUGUACGAAAGUAAUAAUAAAUAUAACACUUUUGCAAGUUA